AUGUCUCACCAAUUCCGCCACGACACUCGAAAUCCCAACACCACAUACACUCAUUACCCACACCACAACGGCACUCGAAAUCUAAACACCACAUACACUCAUUACCCACACCGCCACGACACUCGAAAUCACAACACCACAUACACUCAUUACCCACACCGCCGCGACACUCGAAAUCCCAACACCACAUACAGACAUUACCUACACCGCCACGACACUCGAAAUCCCAACACCAUAUACACUCAUUACCCACACCACAACGGCACUCGAAAUCCCAACACCACAUACAUUCAUCAUUACCUACACCACCACGACAAGCGAAAUUCCAACACCACAUGCAGUUAUGCACUCCACCACGACCGCAAUAGUUCCAAUACUACACAUAUUACCCAUUCAACUACGAAUCCCACUGUUCUAACAUCACAUGCAUGA